AUGGAAUCUCAAAGGAGACACCACUCUCAGACGUUGUUCUGGGACGAGCAUACUUACGGAAUUGAACUUGGGACGGGGUCAAAACUCGUCAUUGUGCGUCUAUGGACUGCGGCGAAGGUUCCUCAAACCUUCUUUUACCUCGUUUAUGCCCCGCUUGCUUCAAGCAACCCAGGUGCCAAAAGCGCCUCGCAUCAGGUUGUGGUUCAGCGACGCCAGACCAUCUUUGUUUGCAUUGUUAUCUCCAUCACGGCAUUGGGGCCAGUGCUGCUUCGGAGGACCGAAAUGUGUCCUGAUACGCAGAUGAAUUCCCAGCUCGCUGCCGCAUUUGUUACGCAGGCAAUAAGGAGCGGCUAA